AUAUUUAUAUCUGAUCACACCAAUUCUUCACUCUAUACUCUUCACCCUCCACUCUUGGCUUUUCAUGCCCCAAAACACAGACCUCUUUUUCCUCUGCGUCUGGUUCGAAACACAACACUGCGAUCAUCACUCACUCACUCACCUCAAAGUAAUUAGGUUUGGGCUGCUUCGUUUUGUUUGUGUAUUUCCCGAAACAAGAUGGUCAGAACGAAGAACAAGAGAAAGAAGGAAGAGAUGGCUGAGGAUUGGUGCUUUGCGUGCAAGGAUGGAGGGCUCAUGAGGGUCUGCGAUUAUAGGGAUUGUCUUAAAGCUUAUCAUCCUCGUUGCGUGGGAAAGGAUGAUUCCUUUUUGGAGAAUGACAGUUACUGGAGUUGUGCUUCACAUUCUUGCUACCAUUGCGGCAAAACAUCUAAGUUUAGAUGCUUAUGCUGCCCAAGUGCUGUUUGUAGGGAAUGCAUCUAUGUCGCUGAAAUUGCUGUUGUCAAAGGGAACAAGGGAUUUUGCCAUAACUGCACAAAACUUGCAUAUUUAUUUGAAGAAAAGGCUGAUGCUGAUUCUGAUGGGGGAAAUGUAGAUUUCAAAGACCGAGAGACAUAUGAGUGCUUAUUCUCAGAAUAUUAUGAAAUUAUUAAAAAAGAAGAAGGGCUGAAUUCUGAACAUGUACACUCUGCCCGGAACUUCUUGAAGAAUAGCAAAAACAGGAGUGAUUUGGAUCUAGAUGAAAUAGAUGAAGAGGAAGAUAAUAGUGGAGAAUCUGAUGUAAGUGACUAUGAAGUUUCUGAUUGUGAUGACCUGAAUGACAGAGAUGGAGUUAAACCAGCCAGGAAAAAGAAGCGCACGGACAAGCUUAAAUCAAUAAAAGGAAAGGUGAAAGAUAAGAAAAAAGAGUUUAUUGGAUGGGGUUCAAGAAGUCUCAUAGAAUUUCUUAAAUAUACUGGUAGUGACACGAGCAGAGAGUUAUCUGAAUAUGAAGUUGCUUCGAUAAUUACUAAGUACUGCAAUGAAAACAAUCUUUUUGACCCCCAGAAAAAAAGAAAGAUAAUUUGUGAUCAACAACUAAGAUCUUUACUGGGGAGGAAAUCAGUGACCAAAAACAGUAUACAAAACCUUCUGGCACCACAUUUUGCAGAGAAUAUUGAAGAAAUGGAUGAUGUCAUGGAUGAUGUUUCUAAUAGUUCAGAAGAUAGGGAUGAUAAUGAGCCAUUGAAAAAUUCGAGGCAGAGGAAAUCAAUCUCAAAUGUCAAAUCUUGUCAGAAGGUAGGUUCUGAAAAGGCUCAGAGCUGCCUUGCAGCCAUAGUUAGUUCAAACCUCAAACUUGUCUACUUAAAGCGGAGCUUAAUGGAGGAGCUUUUGAAGCAACCGGAAACUUUUGAUGGCAAAGUGUUUGGAAGUUUUGUAAGAAUAAAGUCUGACCCGAAUGACUUCUUACAGAAGAAUUCUCAUCUGCUCUUACAAGUAGUAGGAAUAAACAGAUCUUCAAAGAAUGAUCAAAACAACAAGGAAAUUCUUCUCCAGCUUUCUCAUGUGCCAAAAGAUGUACCUAUCUGCAAAAUUUCAGAUGACGAUUUUACUGAGGGAGAGUGUCAAGAUCUGUAUCAGAGAAUGAGAAAUGGUCUGCUCAAACAGCCAACUAUACUGGAGCUUGAGCAGAAAGCAAGAAGUCUGCAUGAAGAUAUCAUAAAGCAUUGGAUUCCAAGGGAGUUACAAUUGUUACAGAACCGCAUUGAUCAGGCCAAUGAAAGGGGACGGAGGAGAGAACUUUCUGAUUAUAUGGACAGAAAACUGAAGCUUGAGACUCCGUUGGAACAAACACGUUUACUAAGUAACAUUCCAAAUGUAAUUCCUGAAAUAGCUGAUUCCAACCUAUCACCGGAGGGUUCCCCUAGAGAAGAUAAGCUUGAGCAAAAUGGUUUGCCAGAUUUAGCCAUUGGAGAGACUUCUGUCUCUGGUGGAUGCUACUCCAAACACAGUAGUUUUGCUCGAUAUCUGAAUAAAAUAGAUGUUGCAGGUUUGCCCGGUACAAAAACUCCGGUGAAGACAAACCAAGUUAAAUGCACUUUUGAAAGUAAGUCGAUUCAAUCCAGCUCAAAAGUCAGGCAAGAUGAUCAGAAGGCUGCACUCAUUAAAGAACUAAACUGUGAUUCUCAGAUCUUCAACACAGAACUCAGCCCGUGGCAAUCAAGUAACACUGAAUCUGGUUCUGGUAUAGACACCAAAAAUCUGAGUGCUGCUACCAGGAAUGCUAAACAGACAAUAAAGGAAAAGCAAAUCAUUUCAGUUGCUGAAACUAUUGAUACAAGUGUCAAUGACAAACAAGUUAAAAGUGCUUCAGCUAUUGUAGUGGAGCAGAAAGUUAGCAUUUCAACUGCAGAUGUUAUCGAGUUAAGCGACAGUGAUGAAGAGGAUGUAAAUGUUGCAGAUGCUUCAGCAGGAGAAAAAAUGGAGAGUCCUGGGAUUUCUAUUUGGCAUUGUUUGGGUCCUUCUGGUGAAAAGAGAGGGCCCUAUUCAAUGUCUGUUCUCAAAUGUUGGAGUGAAUCUGUCACUCAUCCCAUAAAAUUCAAGGUCUGGAAGACAGGUCAGAGUGAAGAGGAGGCAAUACUUCUCACUGAUGCACUUAACCAAAAAUUUCCCAGUAUUUAGUAUAUGGAAAUGAAGGGCAAACCUUCCCAUAAGUAUAAGUUUACCCGUGUCAAUGAUAUGGUGUUGAAUACUUGAAUUUUGACCAAAUAGGUGCUUUUGUGGUAUACUGCAAGUUAAAAAGUACAUUAGCUGUUGACAGUUCCUGUGUGAUCUUGUUUUCUUUUUAAGUAGUAAAUCCCGCUUACUAAAGUUA